AUGGCUGACCUACCCGCAUCCAGAGUUCUACCUUCAAGAGCCUUUGAAUCUUCAGCUGUCGACUUCGCAGGUCCCUUCAACGUCAAGCUUUACCCUGUUCGCAGAUUACAACACAUCAAAGUCUACCUCUGCCUUUUCAUUUGCAUGACAACAAAGGCCAUCCACCUAGAAGUUGUGACAGAUUUGACAGCCGAUGCUUUUUUGGCCUCAUUGACUCGGUUCAUUUCCCGUCGAGGACUAGUCAGGAAUUUACACUCAGACAAUGCCACAAAUUUUGUCGGUGCUGCUCGACAACUCCGGAAAACGAUAGAGAUUAUUCUGCAAUCCCAUCCUGUCAACACUUGGCUUCUUGAGAAAGAAAUCACCUUUCACUUCAUUCCUCCGAGGUCUCCCCAUUUUGGAGGACUUUGGGAGCGUGCCGUACAAAGUGCUAAAUAUCACUUACGAAGAGUCAUAGGUGAGCAAGUUCUCACACUUGAAGAAUUCACUACUUUAACAUGUAGAGUUGAAGCAAUGCUAAAUUCACGCCCAAUUACCCCACUGUCUUCAGAUCCAUGUGAAUUAGAAGCUCUAACACCAGGUCAUUUCUUGACUUUUGGACCUCCUGCUCUUUUACCUGAAACGGAUCAGACAAGUACUCCUAUGAACCGUCUCAAGAGAUGGCAAUUGGUUCAAUCCGUUGCACAAAAUAUUUGGAAACGAUGGCAACGCGAUUACUUGUAUACCUUGCAGAAUCGCCCAAAAUGGACAACUCCCCAGAAGCACAUCAGCCCUGGCGAUCUUGUCAUUCUUCAAGAAGAUAAUCUCCCUCCACUCCAAUGGAAAAUGGGCAGAGUUAUUUCCUUAUUCCCUGGAAAGGACAAUGUUCCCAGAGUUGCCGAAGUAAAAACAGCCUCUGGAGUCUUCAAACGACCAGAUGAUCUUCGCUGGACCAAGGGGCCCCUGAGAAUUCUACACUCCACGCUCCAGGCCGCCGACCACGCGGCGGAGAAGAAAGGAUCGGUCACCAGAGAAACCCAGCCCGGACACUCAGCUGAGGGGAAGUAUGCGCAGUUGCCUCAACAAAACAACCCAGCUCAGCAAAUGGAGCGGACUACCAGCGAUAUGUCCUCUUCGUCAUCAGGCAGUGGAUUGUCGUGUCCCACACCAGUGGUCUCACAACUGGGACAAAAGACCACAGAAACCCAGCCCGGACACUCAGCUGAGGGGAAUUCACCUUUGAACGGUACCGGCUCACCCUCUGCUUUGAUGGAUACGUCCCACGCACAGUCCUCAUUGGAUGACUAG